AUGGGUAAGUUGGCGCCUGAAGUUUUCUACAGGGCUCUCCGACAGCGGGGUGUCACACGUUUUUUUGGUGUUCCAGAUUCUCUUUUAAAGGAUUUUUGCGCCUUUGUCACGGACCACACCCAACCGCGUGAACAUGUCAUAACAGCAAACGAGGGCAAUGCACUGGCAAUGGCUGCCGGCCAUCAUUUGGCAACAGGGGAAUUUCCUCUGGUGUAUAUGCAGAACAGUGGGCUGGGUAACGUCGUAAACCCGCUUCUUAGCCUUACACACACUGAGGUUUACCGUAUUCCACUUUUGAUGGUGGUGGGCUGGCGCGGUGCCCCGGGUGUCAAGGACGAGCCGCAACAUGUGGCACAAGGACGUUUGAGUGAAGACCUUCUGCGUGUCUUGGAGGUACCUUACUUUGUUUUGGCAGCGGACUGCGAUGAUGUGGAGGCAUCAAUGCAAUCAGGUCUAGAUGCUGCCUUGAGCCACAUGCGUUCUGCAGGUUCGCCUUAUGCUAUUUUGGUGCGCCCAGGGUUGUUCAGCAAAUACCAACUUUUAAGCCAAGGUAAUGAUUUGAAAGGGCUUUCAAUGUCCCGUGAGGAAGCAAUUGAGCAGGUGCUGCGGCAACUUGACGUGGACGAUGUUGUGGUGAGCACAACGGGAAUGCCCUCACGUGAGGUCUUUGAGAUCCGUGAGCGUAGUGGAAUGGGCCACGCUAAGGAUUUUUUGACUGUCGGUUGCAUGGGACAUUGUUCUUCAAUAGCGGCAGGUAUUUCGCUAGCAAAGCCAGGGAAACAGGUGUUUUGCCUUGAUGGUGAUGGGGCCACCAUAAUGCAUAUGGGAUCGCUUGCUGUCCUUGGUGCAGCCGCUGCUGUUCGCUCCUUAAACGGAAAGGAUUCCCCGCACGUUUUGUAUAACUACAAGCAUGUAGUAUUUAACAAUGGUGCCCAUGAUUCAGUGGGAGGGCAACCUACCGCCGCCUUUGAUGUCUCUCUCACACAUGUAGCGAAAGCAUGUGGGUUUACAGUUAUUCGAGAUGAUCCGGUGAUGGACUUGGGUGAGUUGGUUAAAGCACUGUACGAGCUGAAGCAAACCCCUGGCCCAGCAUUCUUGGAAAUUCUUGUGAGAAAAGGCAAUCGGCCGGAUCUGGGUCGCCCGACGACAACACCACAGGAAAACAAAAUGGCGUUUAUGGAAUUCUUAAAAAAAUAA